CACAUACACACCAGUUUCUUUAAAUUAGGUUAUUUCAAUGGUUUAUGUAAGUCAGAGGAGGUUCUUCAUUACAAGGUCCAACCCUCUUUGCAGCAUAAACAUCUUCAACUAGUUUAUGAGACGCAUACGUAACACUAACUCAUGGGUUCAUUUGUAUUUUGAAUCACUUCCUGAAGUAUGCAGGACUAAAUCAUUUUGGAAUUUUUAUCAAGAAUCCAAAAUGACAACUUCAUCUGAAUCAUUUUUUUCUUACCUCUAUAACUGUUUUGAGGAUUUUCUUUUUUACAUAACUAAAGAUGUUUUGUUGGUGUUUGCUCUGACGUUCAUCACACUAAUGUGCUGGAAAAAAUGUUGGAAACAGAAACCAUCUGGAACACAGCUAAAGCCAACAUUAAAAAAGAAAUGGGAUACAUCAAGCACCUUGAAGGAGGAGAGUCCGGAAAUCAUCAUUGUUGGAGCAGGUGUACUUGGCUCUGCCUUUGCAGCUGUCUUGGCCCGAGAUGGCAGGAGGGUGACAGUGAUUGAAAGGAGCAUGAGUGAGCCAGACACAUUUGCUGGUGAAGUGUUGCAGCCUGGUGGUUACAAGAUACUUAAACUACUGGGUCUAGAAAAUUCAUUAGAAGGAUGUGAAGCUUCAAAACUUCGAGGUUUCCAAAUUCAUGACUUGGUGAACAAGGAAAAAAAUAACUUAUUUUUUCGACUGGUUGAAAAUGAAGACAUUGAAGAUGGUAGAAGUUUUCGUCAUGGACGAUUUGUUAUGGGCCUUCGCAAAAUAGCUAUGGCUGAAUCUAAUGUAAAAUUUAUUGAAGGGACUGUAAUAAAUUUGGUAGAAGAUGAUGGCUGCAUUAUUGGAGUCCAGUACAAGGGCAAGAAGUCAGAGGAUGUGAAGGAACUGUAUGCACCUCUCACAGUUGUUGCAGAUGGAUUGUUUUCCAACAUAAGGAAGCAUCUUAUUUCUCAAAAACCUAAUGUAACAUCCCAUGUUGCUGGUGUUACUAUGAAGACUCCUCAAGAGCUACUCUUGACAAAAAUGAACACGAUUAUCAGUGACUCUUCUGUGUUUUCAAUCUAUACAAUCUCAUCCAAUGAAAGCAGAGUGCUGAUAAACAUCGCUGGUGAAGUACCAAGGAACCUUAAGGAUUAUCUGAUGCAGAUUGUGUAUCCUAUAAUGCCUGAUCAUCACAAAGAGUCAUUCUGUGAAGCUGUACAAAAUAAUAACUUUAAACUAUUGCCUGCAAAUUACUUACCUGCUGCGACAUUGAAUAAGUCAGGAGUUCUUUUACUGGGAGAUGCUUACAACAUCAGGCAUCCACUUACUGGUGGAGGGAUGAGCAUAAUACUGAGUGAUAUAGCAAUAUGGAGAAACUUGCUUCAGAAUAUUCCAUGGUUAGAUAACUAUGAAGCGAUACUUCAGGCUAAAAAGAAAUUUUACUGGUUAAGGAAGAUGAACUGCACAUUUGUGAUGAACAUCAGUGCUGAACUUACACACCAGAUGUUUUCUGCUAAAGACAGUACUACUCUACUGGUCCGGAAGGCAUAUUUUGAGUAUCGCAACUUUGGAGAGAAAUAUUCACAGAAGAGUGCCCAAAUGUAUGGCAUGCUGACAUCCAAACCCUCUUCCUUCCUCCUCUUUCUUGGAGCUGUUACAGUACAUGCGAUGCAUCUUGCUUUGAAGUCUGAGCCAUGGUACAGAAAGCAUCAUGCCAUUUGUACAAUCAGUGCAAUUUUGUAUAACACGCUGUCUUUCCUAAUUCCACUAGUGUAUUCAGAAAUGUGCCAGAGUAAUAUAUAAAUAGUAAAAAAAUAAAUAAUAAAAAAAUCCAUUGUAGUUCUACACAAUGUAAUGUACAUUU